AUGAGCAGUGAGACUGUUGCGAUUCAGACACUCCUUGAGGCGUUUGAGGAAUCGAGCGAGAGGAUCAACGCCCUGUACAAUAAAGUGAAGAGUGCAGGCGACGACUGUAAGGAGCGGGCCACCACCAUUGAUGUUUUUCGUGUACUGCAUGACUGCUUCGUCUUUCAUACCGAUACACUACAGAAUCAGAUAGAUGCACUGAAGACGUAUGAAGAGCAAGAGGCAGAGAACAUAGAGGAGGAGGUCGAGGAGCUAGAGAAGGAACUGCAUUUGCUUGAUAGAAUUUCUCGGGGAUGUGACGAUGCUGGCUGCCCCCUGCCGUCCGUGAAUGAUGUUUCUUUGGCCGCGUACCAGGCGUUUGUUACGCGUUCGGUAGAUUUAUCCGCGCAACUGUCAGUUAUGCUGGAGGGAUUACGCCACAUACUAACACUUACUCCACCCCGUUUAUCAAAGGCACAGUCUAUCGUCACGUGGCUUGGUGUGGCAAAUAAGGCGACCUGGUCGGCCAAGGAGAAGCAACUAAACGCGAGUUGGAAAUCACUAGAGGAAGAUGCGCGCCUUGCAUCUGCAUCUAUGGACGAGCCAUCGCUAGUUGCCGUGCGGCAGCUGUUGUCUGAUGUUAUGCAACUUGGGAAAAAAGCGGUUUCCGCCGUCGGUAGCGGAUCGAGGGCUGAGACUGAACGGGCUAGAGAUGUGGAGCAUCUCGGCAGCCAACAGCGCCGGUUGGUGUUGUGGUGCCGGCAGCAGCAGGCUAACCUAGAUGUACUGACGGAGCCUGACCACAUCCAAGAGUUCUGUAAGUCGCUUCUUGAGCACUAUAAUGUGAUGUCAGAUAAUUACCAUGUAGUGCUAGAAAAGGCUGAACCGUACAUGGAUAACGAAACUGUACAGGAAUGGCUGCUGGAGGCGAGUGAAGCGUGGUUACACCUUCAGGUGAAGGCGCUUGAACAGUUCCGGCGUACCCUGUUUGAGGUGCACCAAGAUUCCUUGUUGGAGGACCAGGUGGAAGGUCAAAGCGCAUUCUGCCUGCAGUUAGGCACAGUUCUCGGGGCGCUGGAGUGUACAUUGACCCCGUGGUGUGAAGUAAGGUCAUCUGCGUGCGGGCGGUGCAUCCAACUCCUUGACAGUUGCAGAGAGUUACGGGGGAUGAUGCCCGAGUACGAGAAGCUCUCCCGCCAGCUUUUAGAACUAACAGAUCGCUUGAGAAUCGACCGCGAGGCAUACGAUUGCUACAGGGCAGCCGCGCUCUCCCAUGUGACAUAUCUUUCGUCGUCUGCUGAGUUGCUUGCGGAGGCAGCGCGUCGCAAAGGAGAAUAUAAGGCAUGUGUCUACGAGUUACAAGAGUGGGCGGUAAAGAAGGUUCGCUGUGAUUCUUGGCGCAACAUCCGUGACAAGGUGCGAGACAUAAAGGAUUUGCUUGAGCAAGAUCAGCUACUGCAGAGGCACAGAGGGGAGCCGGUUUAA